AUGUUCUCGCCUGCACUUCCGGACUACCUGGCCAUGGACCCCACUCGUCUCCUUCCCGACACACAGUAUCCGGUCUGGAAUGGUGGCCAGCAGCGAUGGGUCAUCCCCGGCUUGCAGGCAGCCGAGCCCUACAAAAGUGCCUUCGACGACAAGAGCGGCGCUGUACUCAGCGUCUUCGGCGCACGCGGGACGGAGGUUUUGGUGAAGGAACGGCCUUUGAGUCUCUCAGACUACGGCUUCUUUGCGCUUAGCGGCGCCUUUGGGUGCUCCGUGACGCACAGUCUGGUGAUCCCUCUGGACGUAGUGAAGACGAGGCUUCAGGCAGAGCCUUCACGAUACGAUGGGUUGGUGUCGGGGGCGAUUCAGAUUUCGAAGGAUGAGGGCGUGCUCUCUCUGCUGGCGGGCUGGGAGCCCACUCUUCUCGGGUAUCUUUGGUAUGGCAUCACUGUGUACCCUGGCUACGAGUUCUUCAAGCGCCUCUACCUCUCCCUUAUCCCGAAUGAAUCUCUGCGUGUCCUGCUGGUCCUCCUCGCGGGUGCCACUGCCACUGUGUUCGCCUGCUUUGGCGUGUGCCCGGCAGAGGCCUGCCGCAUACGCAUGGUCACAGACAAGGAGAUGCGGAACUGCUCCCUGCUCCAGGUGGUGCAGCGCAUCUCGCGGGACGAGGGCGUAGGUGUUCUCUUCGAUGGGCUUGGGACACUGCUGGUGCGGCAAGUGCUCUUCGGGAUGAUGAAAUUCCUUGUCUUCGACUACUUUGCAGACUUUGUCUUUGACCUCAUGCCUGCCCUGGCAGAGAAAACCGAGACCCAGCUCCUGGUCUCGUUCGUCUCCGGGGCCGUGGCCGGACUGAGCUCCUCAAUAAUAUCGCAGCCCGCGGACACCAUCCUUACUAGAAUGAAUCAGAAGCAGGGUCGCGCCUUCUUUCUAGAAACCGGCCGCGAGAUCCUCGAGGAGCAAGGCGCCCAAGGAUUUUUCGCCGGCCUCGGUUCUCGAAGUUUAUGGGCUGCGUGCAUCAUCAGCGGGCAGUUCUUUCUCUACGACGCAGGGUCCUCAGGCGUUGACUGUGCCAUGCAAUGCCGUCCUGCUGUAGUAGAUGUUUUCUUGUGUUGA